AUGGUCAACACUCGUAACGGUCACAACAAUGGUGUCCGCCCCCCAGAUGACGUCCUCAGGGAGUCGCUUCUCCAGUACGCACGCGAGCGCCUGACCCUCCCUCAGCGCAUAGAAAGACUCAAGGCAGAGCAUGGAUAUCAUAUCGGCAAAACAAAACUGAAGGAGAUCCAAAACAAAUUGAAUAUUCCUUGCAUCCGGAAACCUCCGCCGCGUUCCGUAGCCACAACCUUGGUAUGUGAGAAGAUGGCAGAGGACACUUACGGCGCAAAUGGGCCAGUGGCAAUCCAGAGGCUUCUGGGACUGGAAGGGCAUCUCAUACCAAGGGAUACUGUGUGGGAGAUUAUGCAUGACAAUGACCCACAAGGCUCACAGCGCCGAUACCCAGGAGCAAGGCAUGAGCACAUUGUCCGGAAGCAACUGACAUCUCCUGGAGUGUUCGGAGAACUAAACAUGGAUGGUCACCAGAAGCUGAAUAGCCAGGCUUUAAAUAUGGGACCAGUCGGUUUCGAGUUCUAUGGGAUGCGAGACAAGUUUUCGGGUGCUAUCUUAUAUCUUGUGGUUGUCCCGAAUUCCCGGACUGCUGUCGCUAUCGGCCAUGUGUAUCUUGACUUUGUGGAGCAGUAUUGUGCUAUACCUGUUCAGGUCACUGUGGAUAAGGGCUCAGAGACUGGGGACAUGUGGGCGAUGCAGCAGGCUUUACGGCAGAACUUUGCCCCGCAGUUAAGCAUUGAGGAAUAUCCCGCCAUAGUGGCCAUCAAGAGUACCCACAACACGGUCAUAGAGGGUCUCUGGCGAUGGCUACGCAAGACAUUUGGUAUAAACCUUCUCCUAUUACUCCAAGGUGGUCGUGCGCAGGGCGUAUUCAACCCUGGUAGUGCUGUUCACAUUAACCUAUUCAACUGGAUAUUCCCUGGCCUUAUCCAGAAGAAGUUGGAUGAAUUUGUUGCCUAUUGGAACUCGCACCGUAUCCGCAACCAGAAGAACAAACUGAUGCCUUCCGGAGCAACCCCUACUGACAUGUUUACGCGCCCCGAGGCUUACGGCGGUCAGCGCUUGAGCAUUCCAGUACCUCUGGAUGCAACUACUAGACUGUGUGCUAGUCUCUCCCACUCUAGGGAAGAUGCAUUACGUUGGGUUGAAGAUGAGUUUGAAGAGGCGGCUGAAGCUGUGUAUGCGCAGAUCAACUCUCCUAUACUCACUCUGCAGACUGCUUGGGUGAUUUUCCAGCAGAUGUCACCGAUUCUUACUGAAAUGUUCCAGUAG